UACUUUAUUUUACGUGGCUGGAUGCUUUUAAGACAGAUUUUCACUUCCGGUGAAGCUCUCAAAGUGUUAGCAUAUCGUUUCGCACUAGUGCGAUAGAAUUUGGUGUAUUUCUGUUCGCGGAAGAAAAAUUUUUUCUCGUCCUAGAGUUAAUCCGUGUGGCGACGCCGCGAAACAUCAUCAGGAGUCAAUGUAAAAGAAUUUACAAUCGAAAAAUAUAAAAUACUCGAAAAUAAUAAUACAACCAAACAUAGCCUACAAGAAAAUAAAUGAACAAUACAUGUGCAAAAAACACAAUCGAAUUAAAACACAAAAUUAAAUUAUAAUCUAACAAUACAAAGGCAAGAUGGGCCAUCACUGGCCUUAGCCUGUCACGUUAGUGACACAGCAAAUAAAAAAAAAAAAAAGACCGAUUACAAUCCAUCGUGCUAGUAUUCAUCCGGUUUCUUCGAUGUGGAUUAUGUCACCAGUAGACAUGAUACAAAAGAUCGCACAACUGGCUCCGAUUGGAUCACGGUUUCUCUCCUCCAACACGGCAGCUGUAGUUAAAGUACAUCGGAACGUUUACGCAAGACGUUACCCGACAAUGGUGGUACUUGCGAAUGGAGCUACCAUUAACAUAAACUAUCACGAACCACGCAGAAUCAUUAAGCUCCCGUUGGAUUUGAGUCUACUUUCGGAAGCGGACAGAAAAGCACGACUAGAGAAACGGAAACCAAAGCAAAUCCUUCGCAUUGAGGAUGAAGUGGAGGAUAAUUUUAACGCUAGGAAGUACAUAAGUUUUGUUAAACGAAAAUGAUAGCUUGGUUGCCGACAACGUAUACUAAUUGAAUAAAUGUAGAAAUGAAGCAAAAACAAAUAA